AUGUUUAAGCUCGCAACAGCCAGCUUGGCGCUCAGCGCUGGCGUCGCCCUCGCCAAGCCCCUGAACCGGCGCGCCGUCCUCGCCGACUGCCUCGCCGAGAAAGAGCCCAUCGCCAUCGCGGUGCCCCUCACUCAGGAGCACAUCCAGGACGCCAUCCGCUGCGGCGCCGAGACCGGCGUCAAGGUCACGCCCAAGUGCGGCGGCCACAGCUACGCCAACUUUGGCUUCGGCGGCGAGGACGGCCACCUCGUCCUCGAGCUCGACAGGAUGAACGCCGUCAAGCUCGACAAGAAGACGGGUAUCGCGAGCGUCCAGGGCGGUAGCAGGCUUGGCCACGUCGCCUACGAGCUGUACGAGCAAGGGAAGCGUGGCAUCAGCCACGGAACGUGUCCAGGUGUCGGAUCCGGCGGCCACGUCCUCCACGGAGGCUACGGCGUCAGCUCUCACACCAAGGGCCUAGCUCUCGACUGGCUCGUCGAGGCCACCGUCGUCCUCGCCAACGCCACCGCCGUCACAUGUUCCGAAACCGAGAACUCGGACCUCUUCUGGGCCGUCCGAGGCGCGGGCUCGUCGUACGGCGUCGUUUCUGAAUUCAAGUUCAAGACCUUUGAGGUCCCCGAGGUCAUCACUCGCUUCAACGCCAUCCUCCGCUGGAACGCCAACAACUCGGUCGCCGGCCUGAGCGCCCUCCAGGAGUGGGCCGCCGAGGAUAUGCCUGCCGAGAUCAACGCUCGCGUCUUCCUCAACCCCCAGAUCCCCAACCUCGAGGGUCUCUACUACGGUACCAAGGAGGAGCUCACCGCUGUCCUCGAUCCCCUGCUCGUCAAGGUCAAUGGCAUGCUGCAGGAUGCCACCGAGACGGAUUGGCCCGGCCAGCUGAGCCAUUUCGGCGGCGGUCUCGACCUCGACCAGUCUCACCCUUACAAAAGCAUCUACACCGACGCCCUCACCGACUCUCAGCUCAACGCCCUCGUCGACUACUGGUACACCACCGCCAAGAAAGUCCGCCGCGGCUGGUACCACCACAUCGACCUGCACGGCGGCAAGACCUCGGCCAUUUCCGCCGUCGACGCCGACUCUACCUCGUACGUCCACCGCGACAAGCUCCUCAUGCACAACUUCUACGACCACGUCGACGUGCGCUCCGCCUACCCCGAGGACGGCUUUGACCUCUUCAACGGCUUCAUUGACGCGAUCGUUGGCGACGGCGACAAGAACGACUACGGUGUCUACUUCAACUACCCUGACCCCAACCUCGACCAGGAGACCGCGCAGAAGAGGUACUGGGGCUCCGCCCUGCCUAGGCUCCAGGAGAUUAAGGCCGCCGUGGACCCCGAUGAGCUGUUCUACCUGCCUCAGAGCGUAAGACCCGCGAAGAGGGCCGUCGAGGAGGAGCCCGUCGAGGAAGAGCCUGUCAAGGAGGAGCCCGUUGAGGAGGAGCCUGCUGAGGAGGAGCCUGUUGAGGAGGAGCCUGUUGAGGAAGAGCCCGCCGAGGAAACACCCGUCGAGGAAGAACCUGUUGAGGAAGAACCUGUCGAAGAAGCGCCUGUCGAAGAGGUACCCGAGGAGGAGCCCGUCAAGGAAGAACCUGUCGAAGAGGAGCCCGUCGAGGAAGAGCCUGUCAAGGAGGAGCCCGUCGAGGAGGAGCCUGUUGAAGAGGAGCCUGCUGAGGAGGAGCCCGUCAAGGAGGAACCUAUCGAGGAAGAACCCGUCGAGGAAGAGCCCGUCGAGGAGGAGCCUGUUGAGGAAGAGCCCGUCGCUGAGGAAGAGCCCGUCAAGGAGGAGCCUAUCGAGGAAGAACCCGCCGAGGAACCGGUCGAGGAAGAGCCCGUUGAGGAAGAGCCUGUGGAGGAGAUUCCCGAGGAGCCUGUCAAGGAGGAGCCCGUUGAAGAGGUUCCCGAGGAAGAGGAACCUGUAGAGGUGGAGCCCAUCGAGGAAGAGCUCGAGGAUUGCGAGGCGUAA